UUUUGUGCUUCGAGUACGUUUUGAAUACGGUGUCGUAUUGGUGUUAUGGGAUAUUAAAUAAAUAUUUUCCAUUUUGUCGCUAAACAGAAAAAUCUCUGAAACAGCGAAAUUUGUGCCGUUUAUUUCCUUUCCUGCCUUCUGCUCCUGCUCCUGCUUCUUCUUCAUCAGACCCAAUGAAUCAGAGAUUCUUCUGAGAAAAUUAGGGUUUUGUCUAGUCAAUUUCAUUUGCUAAACUUCAGGUUUUUCCAGAACCGAUCAGUGAUUUUCUUCGCUUUAGUUGCAUUUUCCCCAAGGAAAGAGAGAGAGAGAAGAAAGUGAUUGUGGAGGUUUGAGAGAGAUAGAGAAAUGGAGAUGGAUGAAGAUAUGGAAAUCGAGUCAAUGGUGUUUGAGGUUAAAGAGAUCGAUUUGGAGUAUGAAUUUGAUGCGGCGAGGUGGUACGAUUUUACUCGAGAGGAGUUACCGGCGGAGUCUCAAGUCGCUGAGUUCUGGUUUCAUUCUGCUCCGUCGUACGCGCCUUCUCCUUUUGUAACAAAACUGUUACUUAGAGAGGAGGUUUUUGAUGACAAGACGGAGGCAUCUACGAGAUCAGAGGAUGAAGAAGUCGCACCAGAUGUUUGUGAUAAGUAUAAAGGAAUCUUUCAGCAACCAAAUCAUUUAGCUUCAGAUUUGAAUAAGACAGGAAGUAGAAUGCGUUCUGGGAUUUUUUCCUCUCAACAAUGUAGUAAUUUGAAGAAAGUUCCAAAUCAGCCUAUAUGGAAAGGGCCGACGGUGAGCAAUCACAAACACACGGAUAAACCAAAAUUCCGAGCUAAGUCCAGUAUCAGACCAACUCCAAGGAGCUCAACGUUAAUGAGACCUACUGCUAGCCAGUUAGCAAAACAAAAUAAUGCCAGUAAAUUCCAUAUGCAAGUGGAUCAAAGUCAUGAUAAAGGAAGUUGUGGGACAUCUGGAACCGAAGUUCAAGCGUCUAAAAGACAGAAGCUUGAUGGAGGUCUUCUUCGUAAGGUUGCUGAUACAAAGCAGGAAAUGAGUUUUGUCCACAAGAUACCCAAGAAGGAUACAACUCUUGAUAGAAACUUACAACAUGUCAGGACAAAGAUUACUAUCCCACAAGAGCCUGAUUUUGCUACGUCACAGAGGGCUCACAGGAUACGGCACAAGAAUGACGCGAAGUUAGAACAGGACUCAACAACUGUAUAUAGAUUCAAAGCACGCCCAUUUAACCGAAAGAUAUUUGAGGCUCCCUCAUUGCCCAUCCGGAAAAAGAGCACUCCGAAACUACCAGAAUUUCAAGAAUUUCAUUUGAAGACUUCAGAAAGGGCUAUGCAACAUUCAUCAGCAGUAACAACAAGUUCUCAUGCAUAUAAGGGGUUAGACAAAUCUAUUCUAACUGAUAUGCUUGACGGUGAUAACAAGGAAAGUAAGAGACCAAGCGUUAUGGAUAUAUCAAAACAUGAUGUCUCAGAAGGAAGUCACGUUUUUAAAGCUCGUCCUCUGAACAAGAAGAUACUUUCAAGCAGAGGAGACAUGGGCAUUUUCAAAAAUAGCAAGCGAGAAACAACAGUACCUUUGGAGUUUAGUUUUCAUUCGGAAAAGAGAGUUCAACCAGAUUUACCGACAGACCUUUUCAGCAAGCUCUCCAUCAAAUCCGAGCUCCAGCCAAACGAUGGAUCUCGCACAAGAUUAUUUCAACCAAAGGUGUCAAAGGAAAAUAGAAUGAACUCUUUCCAAGCAAGGAAUGAGGUACCAAGAUUGGCAGCGGUAAAACCAGUCUCUUCAGCUGGACAACAGAUACAAUUUGGUAAUAGUGGAAUAACUCCUGAAACAAACCAGCAAUGGACAGCUAGGAGGGGCUUAGGCAUUCGCUGAUGGUACAGAACGCAUUUGUAGAAUCUGGAAUCAUCGCCUUAUGUACAUUCAGAAUUGGUUCUUCUUCAACCUAAAGCUAACAUUUUGAAAUCCAAAGAAGUAGACCAAUUCGUCUUGAGGACAAAGGAAGAAAGGAGAAAGCAAAGCAAACCGCAUUCUUCAGUUUCUCAUAAUAUGAGCCACAUAAUGCAUCUCCUCUCUUUGCUUUCUUCGGCAUCUGUUUUCUUACAUUAGUAUCAUAAAAAGGAAAAACAGAAAAUGUAAAUCAGAAAUACUUUCAAGUUCUUAAUACAUAAUGUGGUUCAUAGAUCUACUACAUAUA